CUCGCAUGUAUCACUCCCGAUUGCGAUUGCCGUGAUUGUACGGUUGCUUGCAUGCCUACCGGCUCACGCGAACGCGAACCCACCAGAUCGCAAUACGCAGUUUGCUACGGAACGGGCUCGCAGGUUGCGAUUGCGAUUGUAUAAUCGCUGCGAGUAAAUCCCGGUUCGCGAGUUUUUGCUCAUCUCUAACUAUCGUCCUUGUUAUUUUAUUAACCUAACUUUUUUAAAUCGGCGGUUCUGCUUUGUAAACAGGAAAGUAAUUUUCUAGAAAAAUUUUCCAGGAUGUCAGACUUUUCCGAUCUUCUUCAAGAUACAGAAAAGCUCACUAGCGCACUAGAAGGCACAACAGAAUUACCAAAAGUAGAGAGAUCACUAAAACAAGUCCUAGAUGCCUCAAAUGAUCUUUACUCCAGAGUGGCCCAAACUGGGGCCAAAGAUAUAUCAGCAAAUCUGCUGUUGGGCUCCAAAGGUAUCGACUUGCCCAAAAUCGCACAGAAAUUAGAAUCAAUAAGCACCAAGCGAACAUUUGAACCUAUUGAGCAUGUAGAGCACCUUGACAUAUCAAACCUUCUUGAAAAUGAGAUACGAAACAAAAUAUUAUCUGCUUUUGAUUCAGGAUAUAAUGAGAUGUUUCAAUCCACAUAUGACACAGCUUGGGAGCAUCAAGAAUCAGAAUGGAAACAAGAAAAAAGGAAGAUUCUUAGUUCCAUGAGUGCCCUUUCAGGGGCUUUUGUUGAAAUGGGGAAACAACCAAGCAUACUCUAUGACAAAGUGACCCCUGUCCUAUCAAAUCUGGGCCCAGUAGAGUCAAUUUAUGCAUCCAAAAUUAUAGAGUAUAAUAGCACAGUCAGCAAGGGUAUACAAAAACCAAGCAUGGUAAAAAUGUUUUAUAGCAUAGUAGGAGAAUUUAGAGAUGCUAAGAUUGCUGACAUGUGGGAAAUUGUAAAUUAUAUGGUUCAAUUGCCACCCUUCCCACAGUCUGAUGAUCCUAUUAAGACAAGAAAUUCAACUCCUGUUGUGGAGGCCUUGGUUAAACAAGCAAGAAAGUACCUAGAAGACAAAUACAAAACUUACAUGACAAACAUUAUCCAAGAAAACCUGUCUCAAGCAGCUCGUGGUGGUGUGCCUGGCACCUACCAUCUAGUUCGCAGCUUUGUGGGCCUCAGAUUACAAGGUGAAUAUCUUGGGUUACAAGAUGGUACUAUAGAUGACAGACCACUGUGGCCCAUGGUUUAUUAUUGUUUGAGAUCUGGAGAUUUGAAUGCUGCGGCUUACUGUCUGCGCAAAAGUGGCUUGCCUGAGUUCAAAGAACUUAUCACUAUGCUGGAGACUAAGUUGAGCAACCCUGGGAGUGCAGAGAUAACAAAGUUGGAGGAUAACAUUAGAUUCAUAUAUAGAAGAGUGGUCAGAAAUGAUACUGAUCCAUUUAAAAGAAUUGUCUGGACAGUGUUAGGGUGUUGUGACGUUUUUGACGAACAUUCUGAGGUUGCGCGAACAGCGGAUGAUUAUUUGUGGUUGAAACUGAGUCUGGUGAGAUGCGAUGUGAACAGAGAUGAUUGCAUCAAAUAUGGUGACCUGCAGCAUCUGGUAUUGAAUGAAUAUGGAGAGUCUCACUAUGAGGCCUUUGAGCAGCCACAUUUGUAUUUUCAGGUUUUGGCGUUGACUGGUCAGUUUGAGGCUGCAUUCGAAUUUCUCUUCAGAACCGAAAAGUUCCGCGUUCAUGGCGUUCAUAUGGCUGUAGCUCUUAGUGAGCUCUACAUUUUAGCAGGUCCGGCUGACGUAAAUGCUCCUCUGAUUUCGAUCGACCCCAUGGACGAAAAACCAGCUCGUCGCUUGAACCUGGCACGACUCAUCAUGCUUUACGUGCGCAGGUUCGAACUGACUUGCAUUCGCGAGGCGCUACAUUAUUAUUACUUGCUCAGAAACUACUCGGACUGCGACGGUGUCAACAUGUUCAAGAUGUGCGUCGCAUAUUUGGCCGUGGAGACUAAGGAGUACGAGGUGAUAUUGGGUAGGAUGCAGUACAACGGAAUCAGGACUAAGGGUUUGGUGGAUGAUUUCGUUGGAGCUAAUAUUACGGUGGAAAGUAUAGCCCAAAUGACAGCUGAAAAUCUGGUGAAGAAAGGCCUGUUUGAAGAGGCGAUUGAUCUUUUUGACGUAGCUAACAAUCAAGAAGAAGUGUUGAAGUUGAUGUGUAAUUUGUUGUCAAGAACUGUACACUUGGAAAACGAACCGGACUCUUUGAGACUUAGACUCCAAGAAAAAGCUAACAUUCUUGCAGAGAGAUAUACUCGUGAAGGUUUCAGGACGGGUUCGAGCCUCAUACAUUCAUUCCUGAAACUCAAGGAGCUGUUGGUGUUCUUUGAUCAGUACCACGCCAAACAGUACCCUCAAGCAUUGAAGACAUUGGCCGAUUUACAAAUUGUUCCUUUGAACAACGAUGAUUUGGACGAACGUGUGAAGAACUUCAAGAAUCUGAAUAUGGAUGUUUGCAGGGUCAGGCUUUUUUGUAUCUCAUAGAAUUUUUCCAAUUAGUGGUACAACUCAUCAUUGUUUUUUUUUUCAUUUAUACUGAAUCAACCGCGUAGACAGAAACCCGAAUUUUCGAACUGCCUAAAAUUAGUAGUACUGGAAAAAGUCUCUUCCAGUCUUAGAUCCUUCUUUGGUAUCGGCGAGACAUGAGCGAAUUUUCAAUUCUCUGGAAAAGUACAAGACGCGUAAGAUAUCUAGAAGAUACGCGAAGGAACUGCUUGAACGUUUUAUGGUAUUUUUCACGUAGCUACGACACUUUCUGAUCAUAUUUUGUAAAUUCCAGGUUAUACCAGACGUACUGCUAGCCACAAUGAACACACUGUUCGCUCAAUAUCAGAAAAUAAAAUCAACGAACGAAUUCGUGCCACGAUAUCACAGUGAAACUAUGGAUAAGCAGCUAAAGCACUUGAAAGAACAGGCAAAGUGUCUUACAAACUUCACAGGAAUGCUGCCCUAUAGGAUGCCUGGCGACACGAAUAGUAGGCUAGUACAGAUGGAAAUUUUGAUGCACUGAUUUAUUUUUAUUUAGGAAUAAAGUCAUUUGAAUAUCUUU